AUGUUCAAGGAAACUCGUUUGGCCCAGGCCAAAGGCGAAGCCGAAAAGCUGAAGGAGGCACAGAAGCGACGCGAACGCAUCGAGACCUACCUCAAGGCUGAGAUCGAAACCAAGGAGAAGUAUAUCCGCACUGCACUGGCGGAGUUGGAUGCCAAAGCUGCCCAGUCCAGACCAUGGUGGAUACUCAGGAGGAGGAGUGCCGGGAGAUCUUCAAGCAGCCGUAGACUGAACGGAUCUAUCCGCGUCAUGUGCCGAAUCCACCCUCCUCUGCGCAACAACACGCGGAUCGAAGAACUUGCCGAAUUCGGACCGCAGGAGCCCGGCGAGCUGACGUCUUACCGGGGCAAGAUGCUUGUGCAGACCGAAAGAUCCAACGUCCGCGAUUAUAUCACGAAAGAGGCGAGGGAGUUCGAGCUCGAGCGCAUCUUCGGGCCCAACGACCCCAAAGCCGAGCUCCUAACCGCCGACUAG